UAUAUAACCGAAAUCGAACAUGGAAAGAAAAAAAAAAAAAAAAAAGGAAAAGGAAAAUUAGUUCUCUGAAUCCAAAAGAACGCAUAAAAUCUCCAAUUUUCGUAUUUCGCUCGCGCAUUUGAAUUCGAAAGACUGUUGUUCAUCCUUAAUUUCGGCUUGUUCUUUCCCAUUUCGACGUAAUCUGUGAAUUUUUCUGGACAGAACUAUUGGUUUUCGGUGCUGAAUCCUUUGGUGUAAAUUGGGAAACAAAAAUCUCGAAUUCGAGGAUAAAUGGCGACACAUUUUGAACGGUGGGAGAAAGAUCCUUUCUUUCCUGCCGCCGAAGAGGUUCAGCAAUCCGCCGACAGGAUGGAAUCCACUUAUAGAAAAUGGGUUAUUUCCAAGAAGGAGAAAUCCACCAUUUGGAACUCUGAUGAUAUUCGUCGAGAUUUACGGACUGCUCUUGGCACUGCUAAAUGGCAGUUGGAUGACUUUGAGAGGGCUGUUAAUUCAAGCUACACUAAUAAUAAUCCAGCGGAUUCUGCAAAAGAUAGGCAUCGUGAGUUUGCUGUUGCUAUUAACAGUCAGAUUAAGAAAGUUGAGGGAUCUUUAAAUGAACCAGCCGUUUCUCAGGGCAAGCCGCCAUUGCCAUGGGUCUUGUUAGACGAGAGAGAGUGCAAUGAGCUUGCAGUGUUCCUAUCAGGACCAUCCACAUCGUCUGCUGUUCGAAGAGUUCCUGGUAAAGAGCAGCAGACAGUGAGUUGUGAGGUAGCUGAUAGAGAGUUGAUGCCCGAGUGUUCGAAUAUGUCCAAUUCUCUAGAGCAGGGUCGAGUGGAGGCUAAGGAGGAGAAGUGUUCAGGGCACCGUAGGACGGCUAGUGCCAAUGCUGACAUGGGUACAUUGAAGAUUGCAGUCGCGACUGAUGUCCCCAAUAGACGACCUGAAUCUCCCAUGCGAAAGAUUCCUAGCUUUUCAGGAUUUUUGAAUGGCAUGGAGUUUGCAAACCACUUGAAGUUCUCAAGGAAUGGUUACAGAAAGUUGAAGGCCUCUGAUCACAACAAAGUAGGCUGUGCUUCAUUCCCGCAUAUUCAGCAGUUGAGUAGGGUGAAUAUUUUCUUCUUGCAGAUGUUUAGUCAUUCCUGGAUGGCUACCGAUAUGGACAUUACCAAAUGCCAUGAAAAGAGUAAGAGUUGCACCGAUGGCUCUGAUAAAUGUUAUGGCAAGCGACUGUAUGGUCUGUACGGAGCCAUUCAAAGACAGCUUCAGAGGUCUCAAUAUUACAUGCAAUAUAGUCGCUCCGUUCGAGUUGUUUUCUCAGCCAUUGUCCUCCUUUGUUUGAUUGUUUUAGUGGUGCUGCAGACCAUGCGAGGAGCAACGAGUCCUCUGCUACAAUAGACAGCGGUGUGUCAAAAAGGCUGAUUCAAGUGUAGGUGUAGUUUGAUCUCGGAAUUUGAUGCCAGUGUUUGGUAUUGCACCAAAAUUGGUGCAGAGAAACCUUAUCAUCAUUAGCAACUAACGUUAUUGUUCUUGUUGGUUGCCCAGUCUUGUUGUCAUUGUAUGUCUCCUGUGGAUGACAGGUGACCUCAGCCAUACUUGCAUCCCACAGAAUGAAAGAAUUAGGCUUUUGCCACUGGUUUUUGUGUAGUCAUUAGCUUUUAUUCUUUUUUGCCCACAAAAGGGAUCUACACCUUGGUCCGAUAGGAUAGUGAAAAAGUGA